AUGGCUUUGGCGUUCCCAACGGCGUUGGGUGGCACUGGUACAACUUGUCGGACGACGGACGAGUUUGGGUAUGGCGAGCACCAUAACGAGAUCUCAGACAACUGGCGCGCUUUCAUUGACGCCCACGGUCUGCACAUCAAUGCGUUCCGGUCGUGGCGCGCGUACGCGCACGAGGCGCUGGUUCAAAACAGCGAGGCCCACCGCGCCUUUUGCAGUAACGUCAUGCAGCCGUUGCGCGCGCAUCUCACGGCGCAUUUGAGUGACGUCAAGAUUGUCACAUGCAACUACUGCAACGACUGUGACCAAAUCGUGAGCACGUCGUUCCUCGGUGGCGUGUCGCCCGACGGGUACCUCAUCGGCGUCUUCUUUGGGUUCGUCGAUGUGUUGUAAGCUAAAUAGUACAUUUUUG